CUACUCCGGAAUUCACCACGUGUCGUGUUUUCAGGAGACAAGAAAACCCGGUGUCCAUAGUUUCUUGGCUCUCUCUUCCUCUGAAACCAACCCGGUAGCCGGGAAGAAAUGGCGGCGAUGCGGCUGUGCCCCUCACUCCGCCACCAGUUCGUUCCACCACCUCUCCACCAAUCCAACAGACCCAACCGACUCCGCAAUCUCUCCUCCGUCCGCUGCCGAAUCUCGGAACCAACCGACUCUCUUAAGCUUGUGACGGAUGUGAAAGAAAGGCUUGAAAAUGAUCAUCACAAUCUUCGUGUGGGCAUGUACGGAAAAGAUGAAGAAGACGUGAUCUUCUGGUUUUUGAAGGACCGGAAAUUUUCCGUUGAAGAUGCUGUCUCAAAAUUGGCUAAAGCUAUUAAAUGGCGUGAAGAAUUUGGUGUAUCAGAAUUGUCUGAAGAGUCUGUGAGAACUGCAGCUGAAACUGGAAAAGCCUUCGUGCUUGACUUUCUUGAUGUGUAUGACAGACCAGUGCUAAUUGUGGUGGCAUCCAAGCAUUUUCCGGCAAAACAUAACCCUUCUGAGGAUGAGAAGCUGUGUGUCUUUUUGAUUGAGAAGGCAUUGAGUAAGCUCCCAGCUGGAAGUGAAGAAAUACUUGGAAUAUUUGAUCUACGGGGAUUUGGUGCUCAGAAUGCAGAUCUUAAGUUCUUUACGUUUGUGUUUGAUGUGUUUUACAAGUACUAUCCAAGGCGGUUGGGUCAGGUCCUCUUUGUCAAUGCUCCCUUUGUAUUUAAGCCAAUUUGGCAGCUAGCCAAGCCUUUGUUAAAGUCGUAUGCUUCUCUGGUGAGAUACUGCUCAGUGGAGGAGGUCAAAAAGGAGUAUUUUACGGAAUCUACAAUUCCAACCAUCUUUAGAGACUGAGGAUGUUCCUACCGUGUUUUGCAGGAAUUUUGGGAAAACGUAUUUCGAAUAUCUAGCCGGCAGUUCUAUGUGCAGCACUUUGUCAACGAUGAAUCGGGUUCUGAAUCUCUUAUAGAGCCAAAUUUCCCCAUUUUCUUAUCUCUUUCAUGUAAACAAUCUGCAACCAUGUCCUUUUUCUUUUCGCUUCGGGACAGGAAUGUGAAUCCAGAUACACUUAACUGUAUACAUAUAUGGCAGUUCUCAACACAACCCAUGUGGAGUAAAAAAAAAAUUGCUCUGUAUCAAAGGAAAAUAUUUUACAUUUAUGAAAAGCCCAACUGCAUUGAGAAAAUAA